AUCCCCAACAAAAUUUAAAGGGGAGAAGACCAAAAUGUCCUCUCUCAUCACAGCACAGAUCAAGUCCAAAGCAGAUGAGCUCUACCAUGGAGAUGAAAUCUGCCAACAAAAAGCAAGGCAGCUUCUCUCAGAAAUCUCCCUCCCCAAUGGCCUCUUGCCCCUCAAGGACGUUGAGGAGUGUGGGAUUAUCAGAGAAACUGGCUUUGUGUGGCUCAAGCAGAAGAAGAGCUACACUCACAAGUAUGAGAAAAUUGGGAAGUUGGUCAGUUAUGCCCCUGAGAUCACAGCCAUUGUUGAGAAGGGCAAGAUCAAGAAGCUGACAGGGGUGAAGACCAAGGAGCUCUUGGUGUGGGUGCAGCUCAGUGACAUUUACGUUGAUGACCCUCCAACUGGGAAGAUCACCUUCAAGACCCCUGCUGGGUUGUUUAGGACUUUUCCUGUAAGUGCGUACGGAAAAGAAUGAUCUGAAAUCCGAUUGAUUUCA